CCCUCACGAGUCAGCCAUCUUUCAAUUGUGCUCUCAGCCGCCGUCGCUGCCGCCCGCAGUCGCUUUAGCGCCGCCUUGCUCUUCCUUGCCUGCUCGGCAGCCGCGCUCAGCCCAAGCGGACGGGGGUGUAAGGAAGAGAAGUUCGCGGGAAUAUGGCUCGUACCAAGCAAACUGCCCGUAAAUCCACUGGUGGGAAGGCGCCCAGGAAGCAACUCGCAACAAAAGCCGCUCGCAAGAGUGCGCCCUCUACUGGUGGGGUCAAGAAACCUCAUCGCUACAGGCCAGGUACUGUGGCUCUUCGUGAAAUCAGGCGUUAUCAGAAGUCGACUGAACUUCUGAUCCGCAAACUUCCUUUCCAGCGCCUGGUGCGUGAAAUUGCUCAGGACUUCAAAACAGAUCUGCGUUUCCAGAGCGCAGCUAUUGGUGCUUUGCAGGAGGCAAGUGAGGCCUACCUGGUUGGCCUGUUUGAAGACACCAAUCUGUGUGCUAUCCACGCCAAACGUGUUACAAUCAUGCCAAAAGAUAUCCAGCUAGCACGCCGCAUACGUGGAGAGCGUGCUUAAACUCUACUAAGAUGGAUUUGCCAUUUUCAAAACAAAUAAAAUCUCUUCUUCCUGUUAUUGGUAGUAAUGAACGUUAGAUAUUUUUUUCCAUGGGGUUAAAAGGUACCUAAGUAUAUGGUUGCAAACAGAAAAAUAGGGGACAGAAUCGGGUAUUGGCAAGCUCUUUUUUCAUUUUCAUUUGUGUGUGGAUUUUUAAUAUAAACGUGGGGACAUAUAAAGCAUUAUUGCUAUCAAAAACCAUUUCAGUGAACAAGUUUCAGCAGUUCAACUUUAUAACAACUAUAAAUAUGCCAGUCAAACUUUUCUGGACAAUGCCAGCAUUUGGAUUUUUUUAAAAAACAAAAUAAGUAAAUUUCUUAUUGAUGGCAACUAUAUGGUGUCUAACAUUUUUAUCAUACAGUAGAUUCCACCCAUUCACUAUACUUUUCU